AUGCCCCUCCACAUCCUCCCCCUAACCCUUCCCGACUUCCUCACCCUCACCAUCCAAGGCUUUCACGCGCCUGGGAUCGACCUAACAGGCCAACCCACACCCCUCUGCUGGCCCAUCACCACCCACGGCGAAGCACAAACACGUUUAGACUUCCACUUUGCGAAGCAGAAAGAGAGAUUCUUGCACGAUCCCACGGUGCGGUAUAUGAAAGUCGUCGAUACCACGGACAAGGAGGGGGAGGCGAUUAUGAGUAUUGCGCGGUGGCACUUCUAUCCCGCUGGCUAUGACUAUGAGACGGAAAGUCAUUGGGAGGUUUAUGAUUUAGACACCAUCCCGAACGUGCCGGGUGGGUUUAACAUCAGAUUAUACAACCACAUCCUCAGCACCCGCGAUUCCGUAAGGCCAUCCUGGAUCCCCCCCAACGAACCGUGUUGGAUAUUAAUGCAUCUCGUAACGCACCCUGCGUAUCGCGGACGGGGAGCGGCGGGGAAGCUAGUGCAAUGGGGGAUCGAGCAGGCGGAGGCGAGUAAGACGCGUGCGUAUCUGGAGGCUGGGGUGAUGGGACGGCCGGUGUAUGAGAGGUUUGGAUUUGAGCAGGUGGGAGAGUUGUUGGAGGUUGAUUGUAGGGGAUUUGGUGUUAAGAUGAGCAUGGCGAUGUGUAAGAUGGUUUAUGUUCCGAAAUCUUUUGAAGAGGGGAGUGGGGAGGUUGGGGAGGCGGAAGAGUAA